AAUGUCUGCAGCAUGUGACUUCGUUGUGCUCCACACUGGUCAGAAGAUGCCUCUCAUAGGACUGGGAACUUGGAAAAGUGACCCUGGCCAAGUGAAAGAAGCAGUGAAACGUGCCCUAAGUGUGGGUUAUCGCCACAUUGACUGCGCAGCAGCUUACAGCAAUGAAGCAGAGAUAGGUGAGGCUUUCCAGGAAUGCGUUGGGCCCAACAAGGUUAUUAAAAGGGAGGACCUAUUUGUAACAUCAAAGCUCUGGAAUACCAAGCACCACCCAGAAGAUGUGGAGCCAGCGCUUAGGAAAACACUUGGAGAUUUGAAGCUGACUUACCUGGACCUGUACCUCAUGCACUGGCCUCAUGCCUUUGAACGAGGGGACAAUCUCUUUCCAAAGAAUCCUGAUGGCAUGAUGCGUUAUGAUUACACUGAUUACAAGGAUACCUGGAAGGCUAUGGAGAGGCUGGUAGAAAAAGGUCUUGUGAAAUUCAUUGGGCUGUCAAACUUCAAUAGCCGUCAGAUUGAUGAUGUACUCAGUGUGGCUACUGUCAAACCAGCUGUGCUCCAGGUGGAAUGUCAUCCCUAUCUAGCUCAGAAUGAGCUGAUAGCUCACUGCCAGAAGCGAGGACUGGUUGUCACUGCCUACAGUCCACUUGGCUCUCCAGAUCGAAUGUGGAAACAUCCAGAUGAGCCCGUGCUUCUAGAAGAACCUGGGAUCAAAAAAUUGGCAGAAAAAUACGGCAAGUCACCUGCCCAGAUCAUCCUCAGGUGGCAAGUGCAGCGUAAAGUUGUUGCCAUUCCCAAGAGUGUCACUCCUGCUCGCAUUCUGCAGAAUCUCCAGGUGUUUGACUUCAGUCUCACAGAAGAGGAGAUGAGCCACAUUGGGAGCCUGAAUAAAAACUGGCGUUACAUUGUGCCAAUGAUUACGGUGAAUGGAAAGCUAGUAGCAAGAGAUGCUGGACACCCCCACUACCCCUUCAAUGACCCCUAUUAACUACUGGAAAAUAAGGUGUUAGAAUAACAUGCUCCUCUGGGUGCCCUUCCACAAAGUAAUUGUUGCCACCGUUUAUCAAAAAGCCUGUCCAAAUAAAACCUUCCUUUCUGAAUAGGAGGCCUGAGAAGGUUUACCUAUAUAUACUGCUUUUAAUUGACCUCCUUUCUGAAGAUAUUGUAGCUUCCAUGUCAAAGUUUGUGGGAUUUGUUACAAUGACUGCAAGCUUGCUCCUGGAAGCAUCAAAUGUUUUGGGGAUUAGACAGAGUGGUGGAGUCCAAAUCAAGCUCCAAGCGCUUCAUAAUUGGGCUAGGGCAAUAGUUUGGAUUUACUGUAUGUAAAACGGUUUUGAAUUCUUUAGUUAUUACCACGAGAGAGGGGGGGGGGGAAAAAAAAAGGAGGGGAGGGGACAAAGCAGUAGCAUGAAACCAUUUUCUGACUAAACAACUGCUCAGUUAUUGACUUUGAUAUCCUUAUUAGCGUUUUUAUACAGGGAACAAAGUGAAAGUGCUAUGGUUGCGCUAUGUCUGUAAAGCAUUAAUUACAGCCCAAAUAACCAGCCACGUCCAGUGUUUUUUAUUCCCUUUAGAGUACUUGUGGGACUUUGAUCUGCAUUUUCUUUUUCUUUUAACUGUUAUGUGAACUUGAGGGAAGUAAAUGCAUAUCCGGGAGCAGGCCUUCAGGGUAAUCCUUUCUGUUACUUGUCGCAAAGAUAGGUUUUAGCUCUGGCAAUGACCGAUUGUCCCAUCGCAAAAGCAUCAAUAACUUUGUUAGCAAGUCUUGGGGAAAUCCAUCCUGCCUUACCCAUAAUGUUGUCCAGUGUGUCUUAACCAAAGAUGUCCAGUUUGAGUUCUGGAAGAUCACAGAAUUAGUUCCUGACUAUAUAAUAAGACUGACUAUAAUAAGAGCAAAGACCUAGGCCCCUUCUAUUUUAAUGUGUCCUUUUCAAUUGCUGUCUGGGCUGGGACUUGGGAUAGCUGGUCCUGUCCCACAUUCUACCACUGAGUCAUUUGCCUUUUCUGUGCCUCUGUUUUCCAACUUGCCAUGUCUCUGUGUUGUUCUGAGGCAGGGACUAAUUUACUGAGUGCUGAUGUACCAUUGAGUACUGCUGGAUCUCUAGCAGUAACAACAUUUUGUUUUGUUUUAGUCUCCCAGUAAUGAAUUGUCUAGCCAUCUGAGUAUAAAAGGGUGUAAGGUGUUAAACAGUGCUCUGAUAGUAAUACCAUUUGUGGCCUUACCAAUGUUGUUUAACUUUUUGACUUUUUCUACCUGUAAAAUAGGACUGAUGCUUAUUCGCCAUUGUGCAGACAUGGUAACAAGGCACAGUUUCUAAAGCUUAUCAGAAUUAAAACAGAGGGAUUCUUUCAGAUCCAUUGAUGCCAUUCAGAGAGUGUCGUAGGCAAGAGUUCUGGUUAACUGCUGGAUAAAGAAAGCGUAACUAACUGUAAGUGAAAUAAAGAACGCUUUUUUUUUCCCCAUAGCAGUAACAACCCUCUGUAUUCAAGUAGUUCAAAAACUUAAAAAAAUAUGUACUAUCUUAGUUUUGCUACCUUUAUUUCAUUUGUAGUAGGCCUGUAUUAAAACCAUAUAGCAUAAUCUCGAGCAUAAUGCAGGCCAGUGUCUCCUCAGGUAUUUUCUGCUAUGAGCUGCACAGCAGGCAGAUGAAUUGGAACAAAUCUAAUUUUUAAAUAAACAUUACAAAAAGCGAUAAAAGAAUUUUUCUGUCCCUUAGCAAAGUGUUUUCUAAUGCAGUCUACUGCUGAACUUACUUGAGUACAGAAAACCAUUACAACUCGGUGAGGUUUCUUUACUAGACUGGAAGGGAGACAAAUCUAUGUGUUUUUUUUUUUUUUAUUAUUCUAAUCAAACAUGGAUGACUUGGAGUAUGGUUCCUGCUGCAAAUCAAUAAGGAAGCAAUUUUACUUUGAAGGCGCUUUGUAGAAUGAUAACAGCAGUCCUCCUGUCAAGAAAAAUGGCUUUUGUCACUUGUAUUUCCACUUGUAUGUUUGCAUGCUUUAAAUAAAUAUUGUAUUCAGUGUA